UUUCAAACUGGUUGCCAGGUUGGCAUGAGCCAUGACAUCAGAGAUUCCGACCUUCCUGAUUGGAGGGACCGGACUCCGUGGUGCCUGGAGCAGUGUCCAGAAGAAGGCCAUGGACAGAACGGAGACUAGGUUCCGUAAGAGGGGACAGAUUACGGGAAAGAUCACGACCAGCCAUCAACCGCACCCCCAGAAUGAGCAGAGUCCCCAGCGGAGCACCUCGGGGUACCCCCUCCAGGAGGUGGUGGAUGAUGAAGUGUUGGGACCAUCAGCCCCUGGGGUAGAUCCCAGCCCCCCAUGUAGGUCCCUUGGCUGGAAAAGGAAGAGGGAGUGGUCAGAUGAAUCUGCGGAGGAGCCAGAGAAGGAGCUCGCCCCUGAGCCUGAGGAGACCUGGGUAGUGGAGAUGCUGUGUGGGCUCACGAUGAAGCUGAAGCAACAGCGAGUGUCACCCAUCCUCCCUGAGCACCACAAGGACUUCAACAGUCAGCUUGCCCCUGGGGUAGAUCCCAGCCCCCCGCAUAGGUCCUUUUGCUGGAAAAGGAAGAGGGAGUGGUGGGACGAAUCUGAGGAGUCGGAGGAGGAGCUACGGAAGGUGCUCGCCCCUGAGCCUGAGGAGAUCUGGGUGGCGGAGAUGCUGUGUGGCCUCAAGAUGAAGCUGAAGCGACGGCGAGUGUCGCUCGUGCUCCCUGAGCACCACGAGGCCUUCAACAGGCUGCUUGAGGAUCCUGUCAUUAAAAGAUUCCUGGCCUGGGACAAAGAUCUGAGGGUGUCGGACAAGUAUCUCCUGGCUAUGGUCAUAGCGUAUUUCAGCCGGGCCGGCUUCCCCUCCUGGCUAUACCAACGCAUUCAUUUCUUCCUGGCUCUCUACCUGGCCAAUGACAUGGAGGAGGACGACGAGGACUCCAAAGAAAACAUCUUCCACUUCCUGUAUGGGAAGAACCGCUCUCGCAUACCCUUGCUCCGUAAGCGUUGGUUCCAGUUAGGCCGUUCCAUGAACCCGAGGGCCAGGAAGACCCGCUCUCGCAUACCCUUGCUCCGUAAGCGUUGGUUCCACUUACGCCGUUGCAUGAACCCGAGGGCCAGGAAGAACCGCGCUCAGAUAGUCCUGUUCCAGAAACGUCGGUUCCACUUCUUCUGUUCCAUGAGCGGCAGGGCUUGGGUUUCCCCGGAGGAGUUGGAGGAGAUCCAGGCUUAUGACCCAGAGCACUGGGUGUGGGCGCGAGAUCGCGCUCGCCUUUCCUAGAGCUCCAGGGACCGUGGAGGCCUGAGGUCAUCGGCCUGAGAGAAGAACACCGGACCCAGGGGAGAUGUGGAUUUUCAGCAGGAACUUUAUUCCAAUGCUAAUGGCAGACACCAGGAAGGAGGAGAGGAACCAUUUGUGCACAUCAUCUAGAAGAACCUGGACCAUUCUUGAUGGAGCUCAAUACAGUCAUCACGUUGUCCUCCUAGGAGCAGGGGUGGGGGGAGGGGGGUGGGGUCCUUCUAGGAGUCCUUGGAGAAAACUAAGAAACCAGGAGUGUUUCCAGUUCCACCCUUUCCUGCGGCACCACCACCCUUUUUAUAUUGCUGAAUUCCAACCUCCCUGGGGCGGAUCCUGGAGGUCCUGUUUCUUACGGACUUGGCUGCCACAGUCCAGGAGCAUUUGAAGGCACAAUGCAGGGGCUCAGAUUGGCACAGAAUUCUUUUGUGAAAUAUCAGUGCCACAGAUUGUAACAGAUAGCUUCAUGCACAUUCUGCAUUUUAUUGGUUUGUUUGGAAAAUGUUGGCCAUUGAAUUCUUCAUAGAUUUAUUUCAAAUAGUUUGGAAAUUGUUGUAGUUUUGAAAACAUGUUCCUGUAGUUUUUUGAUGAGAGUUAUAGUUGUUAUAUAUACAUAAAGAUAAUUUUCUUUUCAUUUUUAAGAGACGAUUCUUUUUAUCCUAAAUAUUUUAUUAUCUUUAAAUUUGUUUCUGUAUUAUUAUAUGUGCUCCUGAAGCGAGCACUCUUUUUAUCUAUGAUACUUCCAUAAUAAUCUCUUCUAUUUAUAGCUACUGGUAGUUCCCCACCAGAAAAAAACAUAAUUCUGGUGAUAGAAAUUUUUAUUUGCUGUUUAGGUUUGUGACUGAAUUGUGAGAAUUCAGUUGUGAUUUUUAACAUGUCUCAGAUAUAUAUACUAACACGUCUAAUAUAUACUAUCUAUUUUAUUGGUUUAUUUUGAAAAACAUGGGUAUAGAAUUAUUUAAAUAUUAUUUUAUUUAUUGAAAUAUUUAUUAAAUUUAUUUAUUUAAAUAUUAUUAUUACUUUAAAUAUUAUUUUAAAUAUUUUGGAAAUACUGGUAUUUUUGAAUAGAUGCUGUUUCUAUAAAGCUGUGUGAUGGGUGUUAUAACUGUUAUAUACACAUACAUAUAAUUUUGUUUUCCUUUUUAAGAGAGGAUUCUUUUCAUCCUAAAUCUUUUACCUUUCAAUCUUUGUAUCUAUUAUUACACAUGCUGCUGAAGGGAGCAUGGUUUUUAUCUAUGAUACUUAGUUAACAUAUAUAUUACAUUUAUAGCUAUGUAGUAGUUCCCCUAAAUUCUUGUAAAAAUAAAUUUUUAUUUGAUAUUUCAUAUAUGUUUGAAAUGUGAGAAUUCAGAUGUAAUUUUUUACCUUGUUUUGGCAUGUUUGUAUGUUACUUUAAAGAGGAUGUGUGUUCUAAAGGAGGACACGAGCUGUGUGUUUUCAAGAGAACAAUAGAGUGCGUCUCUUGGGGAAACAUAAUAAAAAUGAACUUUUCUCACCUUCACAGCAAUUGU